UCGAGUCGGGGAGUCAAUCCGAACCCGGCUCAAAUUGCCGACCGCUGCCGAUUCCGCUGCCCUUCCUAAACCCUUCCCCGGUGACGCGGCAUCCAUCUCCAUGGCCGCCCUCCGGCAACCUCGCCCUCGUUUCCUUCCUGCCGCAGGACGAUCUCCUUCAUGCCAAGCUGGUCAAAUAUCGCUUUUUGUGUGUCCGCCGCGUUGAUGACCAGAAUCUUUGCGUGUUCGCACCUUCCGAGCGAUCAUCGUCGUCAUCGUCACCUCAAAUGAAGGUGCCUUUCACUUGGGAGCUCCUGCGGCUGAUGAUAAGGAAGGAACUUGGGGCAUUGAAUUCUCGCGCCAUUGUUUUCUCAGGAGCAGGAUCAGAGUGCAAGGAAGACGAUCAAAUCUUCCAUGGUGCUGGUCGUUACAUCGGUUCCCGAAACGCCCAUCCGGCCUAAGAAGCCAGAGGUUUUCUUGGUGCCAGAAUGAGCUUUGGGUGUGUAGGUGACUUUCCAUUGAGGAUCAAAUAUUGCGUUUCUAUACAUUUUAAGGUAGCCUACUGGUUUGCUUUGAGCUCUUCUCAUAACAUCAAGAUUAAAACUAAUUGGAGCCCUUGCAUUUAGCUGUAGAACCAUACUCUUCUUAUUGGAUAAUGCAUCAUAUGAUUAAUCAAUAUACUGUUUUGCAUAUUGAUGAUUUACCUCGUACACUUCAACCGGUAUGCAAGAGGUUUUCUUGGUGCCAGAAUGAGCUUUGGGAUUGAGAAUCAAAUAUUGCAUUUCUAUACAUUUUAAGGUUCAUACUUGUAAUAAGUUGGCUAGCAGACAUAUAAGGGUACAGAUUGCAGAACCAAGCGCUGUUGGUCAAUGUGACAUAUGUGAGAAAUCACCAGCUUUCUUUUUCUGUGUAAUAGAUGGAUCUUCACUUUGCAUGGAAUGUGAUGUAAUUGUGCAUGUGGGAGGCAAAAGAUCCAACGAGCGAUAUCUCUUGUUAAGGCAGAAAAUUGAGUUUUUGGAAGAUAAAAGCUGGUCACUUCGAAGAUCUCAUGCUGCAGCAUCAUGACAACACCGAAGAUAGGUUGGAGAAUAAUAUCGUACUUCAUAAAAAACAAUUUCUUGAAAACAUUAGAGAGAAGAUGGACCGCUGCAGGAUGCCUCCCAUUUCCAUCUCCAAGCUAGACAUAAAUCGUAACAGGCUUGGUCCUACAUUGUUUGACCUUAAUGCAGCCACAUAGAGUACAAGAUCACAUCACUGAUUCCAGCCAGACAUGUCCAUCCCAGUUCCAUCAGAACUUGGCCCAGUCUCUCAUCUGGGAACUGUGCAAUUUAUCGGAACAGAGAGACCUUGGUUAAAUCUUUAUGGGAAUAGGGUCCUGCCUGUUGCUCCCUUUGGAAGCAUCAGCAGUAAACCUUUCAGUGACCCAGCUCUAAUACACCGAUGUUUGCCGGAUGAAUUGCUCUUAGCUAAAUUGGGCAAAUUGCACAUAGUUAGAGGCAGGCGAGUUAGAGAUGAUUUAUUAACUUAUCAAUGCAUCAAAAGUCUCUAUGUUAGCCGAAACACCUACAUUCGUACAGGCGUUGCAGAUUGGGAAGUGACAAAUCCUGUCCAUGCGUUUUCGUCCUGUUCAUGUGGCAUGGCAUUUUUCUGCAGCUUUUUGCGGCUUCCGAAUAAAAGUGAGGUCAAUGAUCAUGGAGAUUACAUGCUUAGAAUUGUGGAAGGUUGGGAAGAAAAUGAGACACAUGAUCCAGAUGUGCCUGCUAUUUCACACAGCAGGGGUUUGACACCCUUUGUAUUUGUUCCAUUUGAAGAGGUACUACUACUGUCUAUAGAAGGUUUUAUUCCCUAAGUUUUCUUGUUAAGCCAUCUCAACAAUGAUGUUGGUAAGGUAAGUAGUUAUUUUUAUUGAGCAUUAUUGUUAAUAACAUAUGAAUGUUCUAAAAAAAGCAGUUUGCCGGCAACUCUGUCACUGCAUUGUGUAACUGUGGUAGACAAUCACAUAUACUGAUGCAUAUAAACUGAAAUAAAGAAAAAAAAUUUAUCUCUAUUGCAAACACAACAUGUCUUUUGCUAUUCAUUAUUGUGAAUUCAGUGUGGCCUGCUCUUUAGUCUAGUGAUUGCAUGGGGGCUCAUCUCUCCUUGUGGAUAUCUCUGCCCUGAGAUGCCCUGCAUCUUCUCUUUCUACAGCUCUAAGAUCAUUGUAAAAUAGCUCAUUUCUAAUGCCAUUUAACUAUAAUCUAUCUACUUAGUUUGAUUAUGCUGAUACUGUUGUUGUACUUGCACACAAAAGUUUGUUAUGCCCUUUUAUUUUGGGAGCUAUGGGUGCAGCAUAGAUUUUUAUGGAUUCAGUAGUGGAAUAAAUUUUGUAAAAGAAUUGUGUUUUCAUUAACAAUUAUGUUUUCAAUC